AUGAGUGAAGCCAGGGUGGGAUCACAUCUUGACGUUGGGAAAAUUGACUACGUGUUCAAGGAAAUAGGUUUUAAGAACGAAACCUGUUCGGAUUUGACUGCUAAGCAAUUUGAAGACGAGCUAGAGAAGUUCGUGACUUCUCCUAAACAUGAAGGUAUGUGCUCUGCUGUGUUCGUGAUCAUGGCACAUGGCAACGAGACAGGGAUUCAAUGCAAGAACAAACACAUCGUUACUAUGAAGUUUAUCAUGGACAAGGUUAAUACGAUGAAGCACAUGAAUGGAAAACCCAAGAUUAUUUUCUUCCAGUGUUGCCGCGGAGAUUACCAGCGUGCCUAUUAUCAAGUGACGUUGUGUGUGGCUGCUGGCAAGCCAGUACCCCCAGCCCUAUACCAGCCUAGACCCAUUGAAGAAUUGAUGGAGGAAGAAGUCUUCUACGAUUCAACCUGUAUAUUUUGA